AUGAAGUACGCUACGUCACCUACGCCAUCUCGCAGCAACAGCUCGCUCUUAGGGAUGUCGUCAAGAACAACUUCACCGCUGCCUGCACCGGCCAAUUAUCGAGAUUGCAUGAGCGCUACUACCAAAAGCUACAAAUAUUUGCGCCGUUUCAUUAAGUUUGAUCAAAUGGAUUUCGAGUACGCAAUGUGGCAGAUGGUAUAUCUCUUCAUAGCACCCAAAAAAGUCUAUCGUAACUUUAACUAUCGAAAACAAACCAAAUCACAAUUCGCCCGCGACGAUCCAGCCUUUCUGGUGUUACUGGUUGGAUGCCUAUGUGUGACGUCGAUAGGAUUCGCGUGGGUGUUAAGCUUAGGAUUUGUGCAGACCAUCCUGUUUACACUUUACGUUGUAUUUGUUGACUGCAUAUUCUGCGGGAUGAUAGUGGCAACUUUUUUAUGGCUAAUUGCGAAUCGAUACUUUCGCGAUCGGAACAGUGAUUUUGACAUGGAGUGGGGCUAUGCGUUUGAUGUACAUUUAAACGCAUUUUUUCCACCCUUAAUACUGCUGCAUUUCAUUCAGCUGUUCUUUUACCAUCCCCUGAUCAGUAGGGACUGGUUUGUGUCAACCUUCAUCGGCAACACUAUUUGGCUGUUGGCCCUAGCGUACUACAUUUACAUCACCUUCCUAGGUUUUAACGUGGUACCAUCGCUGAAGAACACCCGAAUAAUUCUCGUAACGCUGCCCCUGCUAUGUCUAUUUUACAUCAUGACGCUUAUCAUAGGAUGGAAUUUAAGCGUAUCUUUGAUGUACUACUAUCACUAUCGCGUCUUAUAAACGUGUAUAAUCUUCAUGACGAAGUUGAUCGUAUGUUAAGCAAUAAAAAUAAAGCAA